UUUGUCCAAAUGUCAAGUCAUUACAUUACAUUACAUGUACAAACAAACUCACUCAAACCCCACUUUAAGACACUCUCUUGUCCUUCUCCCUCCACCCCCCCUCCCCUCUCUCUGUCUCCUGACUUCAUAAGCAAAACAGAGAAUUAACCCACUACCCUAUUCGGCCUCAACACCAUCCAACCAUGGUGAACCUGAAAGCUGGGACAAGGCCGCCAUGGGUUGGACUUGGAGCAGCAGUUUGGGUGCAAAUAGCAUCAGGGAAUGCUUACAAUUUCCCUCUUUAUUCCCAUUCUUUAAAAUCUGUUCUGGGAUUUAACCAGCACCAGCUUACCAUGCUUGGUGUUGCUAAUGAUGUUGGUGAGAAUGUUGGACUCAUUCCUGGUAUUGCUUGCAACAAGUUCCCUCCUUGGGUGAUUCUCUUGAUUGGUGCUCUUUCUUGCUUCUUUGGUUAUGGUGUUCUUUGGCUUGCCCUUAGCAGUAAAGUACAAUCCUUGCCUUAUUGGCUGCUAUGCCUUGCUCUCUGUGUUGCCACCAAUAGUAGUGCUUGGUUGAGCACAGCUGUUCUUGUAACCAACAUGAGAAACUUUCCUCUUAGUAGAGGCACUGUUGCUGGUGUUCUUAAAGGUUACGGUGGAAUCAGUGCUGCAGUAUUUACUGAAAUUUAUAGUACUCUGCUCCGCAAUUCCUCAUCUAAGCUUCUGAUGUUUCUUGCACUUGGAAUUCCUGUUCUGUGUUUCAUAGUCAUGUAUUUUGUAAGAGCUUGUACCCCUGCAUCAGGUGAAGACUCUUCAGAACACGCCCAUUUUCUUUUCACUCAAGGAGCUCUUAUUGUACUCGGCUUAUAUGUCCUAACAACCACCAUAUUGAAUCACAUAUUUCAUUUCAGUGCUCCGGUAUCUAAUACCAUUCUUGUUAUAAUGGUUGUCCUUCUCAUGGCUCCAUUUGCAAUACCCAUAAAAAUGACAUUUCACCGCAUGAGAGUCAGUAAACCAGAGAUGCAUCACCAGCCAGUUGAGACUCCAGACAGUGUGAUACAAGAAGACAACGCAGACAAAACCGAACCACUGCUGAAAUCAUCUUCAUCAACAACAGCCCUUGGAAGUUUUCGGGAAAAUGUUGAGGCAUCUGAGGUGGCUAUGCUUCUAGCUGAGGGUGAAGGGGCUGUGAAGAAGAAGCGGAGACCCAAAAGAGGGGAGGAUUUCAGAUUUACUGAAGCCCUAAUAAAGGCUGAUUUCUGGCUUCUUUUCUUUGUGUACUUUGUGGGUGUUGGAUCUGGGGUAACGGUGCUAAAUAAUCUGGCCCAGAUAGGAAUUGCACAAGGCGUGCAUGAUACUACCAUCUUGUUGUCGCUCUUCAGCUUUUGCAAUUUUGUGGGGCGUCUUGGUGGGGGUAUUGUGUCUGAACAUUUUGUCAGAUCAAAAACAAUCCCUCGGACAAUAUGGAUGACGUGCACUCAAGUAAUGAUGAUCAUAACGUACCUGUUGUUUGCUUCUGCAAUUGAUGGUAUCCUUUACGCCGCAACAGCAUUACUUGGGAUCUGCUAUGGAGUUCAGUUCUCGAUAAUGAUACCGACUGUCUCUGAGCUUUUCGGCUUGAAGCAUUUUGGUUUAUUUUACAACUUCAUGUCACUAGGAAAUCCUCUCGGUGCGUUCCUUUUCUCAGGUCUCCUGGCGGGCUAUGUAUAUGAUAACGAGGCAGCAAAGCAGCAGGUACCAAAUUUGCUGUCCAAUUCAAGCAUCUCCUGCUUGGGUCCAAAUUGCUUCAGGCUCACCUUCUUGGUUCUGGCUGGUGCCUGCGGUUUGGGCUCCAUCUUGAGCAUUAUUCUAACUAUGAGGAUAAGGCCUGUCUAUGAGAUGCUUUAUGCUGGGGGUUCUUUCAGGCUUCCUCAAACUUCAAAUCACCAACCUGCUCGAAGUGGAAUAUGAUAAGUUGAGGCCAUAGGAAGCCAUUCUCCUGAAGCACAUGACAUAGUAGAUAUUCCGGCUAUGUAAAUUCACUUUUUAAGAAUUUGCACAAUGCGUUGCAAGUUUGAGUGCCAACCCAGGAAAUCAACAGUCAUCUAAUUCAUGCUAGAACUAGUUAUGAUGAUAAAGUUUUCCUCUCCAUAUGACAGCUAAAAUGCAAUUGAGGAGGAUAGUUAUCGAUGAUUGAUAUCCUGUUUUAGCUAGAAGUAUACCGAACAAGGUUCAUGUAUCUAUUAUUUUUGGUUUCCUUGAAAAUGCACUUCUAAAUUUCUUUGAUGAAUAA